UUGAGUAAAACAUUGUUUGCUCACUUUGGUAGCAUGUUCACUUGAGAUACAACUCCCAGGAAAAACAACAAAAUUAGCAAAAACCGCGUGCAAUUCAGUGCUAUAAUUAUACACAAAACCUAAGCCCGGCUACACCGCAGCGUUUAAACAACAUGCAAGCAGCUCAAGAGCGCCGUUUGACUGUUUAAUUGCGGCUGGAAAAAAAAGUGCGCGUGUUUGUGUGGCCCUGUGAAAGAGUGAAGAAAAAAAAGUCGCCGCUGCCGCUGCGAGGGUAACUGGGCGCAAAAUACAGAAAAAUAGAGCAAACAUAAAUUGGCGCGCCACUGUAAUGCGCUAAGCGUUGCAACAUGAGCCAAACAACGACAACAACAACAACAAAAACCGAAAUGCCCAAAACAAGUGAAACCUUUGACGAGGAACUGUUCGAGACACGCCUGGAGGCGCUCAAGGACACACAGGAGUGCAUACAGCAAAUGUCCAACUGGUGCCUGCAGCAUCGCCUCAAUCACAAAAAGAUCAUCCAAUGCUGGCUAAACGUUUUCAAGCGAGUUCGCGUCGAUCAUCGCUUGGUGCUCUUCUAUCUGGCCAACGAUGUCAUACAGUACAGCAAGCGCAAGCGCUACGAGUUCGUCGAAUGCUGGGCCACGGCGCUGCAGAGAGCCACCACAAUGGUGCGCGAUGAACGUGUCAAGGGCAAAAUCUUGCGCAUCUUUAAGAUCUGGGAACAGCGCGAAAUCUACAACGAAGAAUUCCUCAGCGAUCUGAGCGGUCUGCUCAAUAUAGCGCCGCCAAAGAAGGCGCCAGCCAGCACCGAUCCCAGCAAUGAGUAUCAGAACGCAACGCUCAUAGCGCAGGUGCGUGAAUGUGUCGAGCUGGCGGAGACGACGGACAAGAGCAUGAAGAAGCUACCAAAGCCACCGAAUUUCGAAAUCGAAGCCAUCAAACAGCAGCUAAAGGACAAAAGCCACUCGGGCGACAUUGAAAAGGAGCUGGAACGCUGUGUGGCCUUCAUCAAUGCGUACAACAAGAAUCUGCAGAACGAGAUCAAGAGUCGCAAAUCCGUCGUGGAGACCAUCGAGGCGGCCAAAAAGUUCUACGAGCAUCAGGGACGCGAAGUCAAAGUUGUCGCCAGUGCCUACAAAAGCUUUGGCACGCGCAUUAAGAUAGUCAAACGCAAGCUGGAAGAGGUUAUACCCACGCUCUCCAGUCCGAUACCCUCACCGGAUAUCAAUGCGCCGUCACCGGAACGCGAUGCGGAUCUCCAACUUCCGGAUGAGAAUAAUUCACCGCUGGGCGUGAAUAAGGCGAUAUUGGGAACACUCCUAUAUAGUUCUUCUGAUUUUUCUGUCCCUCAGAACUUGUUCAGCGGCAGCGGUCUGAACGGCUUCGCCAGUUACCUGGAUGGCGGUCAGCUGCCGUUCGACAUCAACGACUUCAAGCGCGAGUCUAGCGGCAAGGAUCGUGGCAGCGCCAUUGAGGUGAUUGGUUCACGUUCGGACGAUGAGAGCUAUACGCCCAAUGCCAGUUACUAUAAGCCCGAGCCGCUGAGCAGCAGCUACAGCAACACCAAUGCGAAUGGGAAUAGCGGCAGUGCCAUACCGGGUCUGGGUGGCGGCGGGGGUAACGGCUCCAGCGAUGAAUACAAUCCAAGUCAGGUGCAGUCGGGCUAUGGCGGUGUGCUGCCGCCGCCAGCGCCGCCAAUAUUCGGUGGCACGGCACAGGAGUAUGCGCCGCCGCCGCCGCCGCAUCUUGGCUAUGGCCAGACGGAGAGUCAGUAUACGCCCGCGCCGUUGAACAGCAAUUCGAUGGCGCCGCCGCCGCCCAUGCCGCCGGCCAUAUCAUCGUCGGGCGGCGCGGAUGAUUUCAACAGCACCUGGGACAUGAGCAUGACGUGGACGCCGCUGGACAACAGCCUGAACAGCAGCGGCGCGAGCUCCAGCUACACAACGCCAUCGCAGUCGACGCCGCACUCGCCGCCGCAUUUCGAGCGCAAAGGCAGCAGCGCGCCCAUCGAGUACAGUGAGCAUCACAAUGUGUCCGGCCUGGGUGCACAGGAUGUGGAUCAUCGCACGGUUCAGCUGCCGCCGGCAUUUAAUUUUCGACCCAAGACAGCGCUGAGCGAUGAGCAAACGCGGCAGCUGGUGGACAUUGAUCAUAGAAAUUUAAUAUCGCUGACGGGCUCGCCCGGUGGUGCAGAAAAGGACUUUGGCGGCGGCGGCGGGGAUGUCGAUUAUCGCACAGCGCUAACAACGAAUGCCGAGGAGGCCGGCAGUGCUAUACGCAGUCUGGGCAACAAUUCACCCAUGAUGGCGCCGCCGGGCAGCUUUGUGAAGAAGACCAGCUCGCCGCAGAAAUCCAAUGCGAGUUCCUCUUCAGAGUCGGAUCGCGUGGAUGGCUCGGCACGCUAUGAUCCCGCAGAUAUGGUUAUCGACAUGGACAUGUCCGACGAGGACCUGGAAGAGUCGCAGCUAGAACUCAAUACCAAUCCGGAGCAGCUGCAGCUGGAGAUUGCCGAUGGCGAUUUGGAUGCUAAUGGCGUUUUAACGCCGCGUCCCGUGCUGCUGGAAACGCCGCAGGAAUUUCAAUGGGAUGCUAAUAACAGUUUUCUUGGAGCAACUGGAGCUGGCAACAUGCAGGACAUGCAGGCCGACGCACAACAACAACAACAACAACAGCAGCCGCCGUUGCCGCCACAGCAACAGUCGUGGAAUCAAAUGCAACCGCCCAUGCCCUGGAACGGCAGUGAGGGCAACAAUGGGCCAGCCGGCGUGCCGCCGCCGCCCAGGCCGCCAUUUACGGGUGGCCCAUUUCCCUUUCAGGCAUUUGGCAAUAGUCCGGAUAACAUGAAUCGCGGACGUGGACGCGGUCGCGGCUGGUCGGGACCAUAUAGGCCCAAUUAUCAGCGCAUGCCUGGACCCUUUGAUGGCGGGCCAGGACCGCGACCGUUCUUUCGAGGUGGCGGGCCCAUGCGCGGUGGCGGCGGACGCGGGCGCAUGCGUGGUAAACCUUGGAUGUAAUUACGUAUUAUAGCUUCUAUAUAAAACAUACCACAUAUAUACACACACACACCCACACAGAACACACACACAUACGCGUAUGCAAGUGCAAAGUUUUUUUAGUUGUUAGUUGACUUUAUCUCAUUUGGAGUUAGCCUUACGAUGCAUAUACAGACCGCACACAACACACCACAAACACACGCGUAGUUUUAAUUAACAUGCUUUAAACUGCGGAUCGUUGGCUAUUUAAUAAACUAUAUAGAAGCCUGUUUGGACGCAACAGUAUGCAUAAGCAUAAAGUUUAACGAUUUCCUGAUAAACACAAUAUAAUAUAUAUUUAUUAUAUGCAUGACAGUCUUGCGCCUUGUCUCCCUUCCAAAACAAAUAUAUUGUCUCGAUCAAAUGUAUUAAUUAUAUAUAUAAAAAAAAUAUAUAUAUAUUUAUAUGAUGUAAAGCAAUUUCUUAUAUGCA